GUGUGUUGCGUGGGAAGUAAAGGAAAACCGGUUGCCAGACGAGAAAAACACGCCCCAAUGUGUGCGCGUGUGUGAAUGACGCGUCAAACGUGUGCGGAGCUCCAAUAGCCGCACAUUAAAAAACAACAUAAAGAAUCCGAGGGGACACAAAAUGACCAAGUAAAACCUGCCACGACGAAGUAGUUUUUUUUACUUUUAUCUUAUUUGUUUGUUGCUUUUUGUAUCCAAACGAAGGGGAUUAUGACCAUUAAAGUAGCCUUUGAGGAGUGUUUGAAAGACUCCCCGCGCUUCAGAUCUGAAAUUGAGGCCGUCCAAGCCGACGUGGGAGAACUCGAGACGCGGUUGGAAAAGCUGCUGAAACAAUGCCAGGCCAUGCUGGAGGCCGGCCGAGUCUACUACCAGACCGGCAAGAACUUCGUAAGCGGACUCCAGAGUCUGGGACAACACUGCUCCGGGGACACAGUCAUGGAGGAGUGUUUGCGGACAUUCUCUGAAAAGCUGUCCCUCAUUUUGGAUGCGCAGGGGGAGGUGAUUGAAACCACACAGAAGUCAGUCAAGACCAAGCUCCAGACUUUCGUGAAAGAAGAUGUGCGCCGCUUCAAGGACGCGCGCAAGGAGUUUGAGCGCAGCAGCGAAUCCCUGGAGGGGGCGCUGGCGAGGAACGCUCAGGCGCCUCGUGGGAAGUCCCACGAGGUGGAGGAGGCUAGCGGCGCGCUCCUCAACGCCCGCCGGGCCUUCAGGUCCGGCGCGCUGGACUACGUCCUGGAGAUUAACAUCAUCGAGGCCAAGAAGAAGACUGAACUGUUGAUGGCCAUGUUGUCGCUGAUGGACUCGCAGGUGCAGCUGUUCCAGAACGGUCACCGGUCCUUGUCCGAACUGGACCGUUAUCGGCAAAAGCUGAGCGAAGAGCAUACGCAGUUUGUCUUGAACUCUGCGCGGGAGAAGAGGGACAUGGAGCAAAGACACGCCGCCAUUAAACAAAAGGAUGUUUCUUACGACGACUCCAUGAUGGACUUCAAUCCGGACGCGGCAGACGGCGUCGCCAUGGAGGGUUACCUCAACAAGAGGGCCAGCAACGCCUUCAAGACUUGGAGCAGGCGCUGGUUCUCCAUUCAGAAAAAUCAGCUGGUGUAUCAGAAGAAGUUUAAGUGUCCCCCAGGACCAGCCCACGGUGGUGGUGGAGGACUUGCGUCUAUGCACGGUCAAGCCCAACGGCGAGAACGAGAGGCGUUUCUGCUUCGAGGUGGUCUCCCCGUCCAAAAGCUGUCUGUUACAGGCCGACUCCGAGAGGCAGCAGCGGGCGUGGAUCAGCGCCGUGCAGAGCAGCAUCGCCUCGGCCUUCCAGGAGCGCAGGGAUGUCCAACACAGUCCGGUGAGAACGCACGCACGGGCCGCACGCGCCUUUCCGCCGUUCCUCGUCAACCGCGGCGUUGUUUCUCGCAGCGGCAGCGGUGCAACUCGGCGUCGGCGGGCGGCCCCGUCGCCGCUCAGGAGAACGAGUGCCUAAAGGCCCUGGAGGAGGUCCAGGCGGUCGCCGGGAACCGGGAGUGCUGCGACUGCGGGGCGCCGAGUCCCGACUGGGCGUCCAUCAACCUCGGCAUCACGCUGUGCAUCGUGUGCUCGGGAAUACACAGGAGCCUGGGGGUCCACUUCUCCAAAGUUCGCUCCCUCACGCUGGACUCCUGGGAGCCGGAACUCGUGAAGUUGAUGUGCGAAUUGGGCAACGGCGUCAUCAACGGCAUCUACGAGGCCCGCAUGGACGAGAUCACCUUGAAGAAGCCCCUCGCCUCCAGUCCGAGGGGGGAUAAGGAGGCCUGGAUCCGGUCCAAAUACGUGGAGAAGAAGUUCAUCCAAAAGCUGCCGGAGACGGCUCGGAAACCCUCGGAGAAUCGUCCGGGCGCCAAGAGGAACAGGGCGGCCACGCAGGAGCGCGGCGCACAGAGACCGCCGCUCAAGCCCAAACCGAGCCGAAGCACUCUGCCUCGAUCGGGUAAUGCGGAACCAAAAGCGACAGGCCCGAGCGAGGUCCAAAAGGACAACGCGGGCUCCCACACAGACGUGAACGGCGAGGAGGAGGAUCUGAGCGGCCUUCAUCCCGGGGCGCUGCUGUACCGCUCGGCGGCCCUGCAGAACUUCCCCGUCAUGGCCGACGCGUUGGCCCACGGCGCCGACGUCAACUGGGUCAACGCGGCAGAGGAGGCCUGCACGCCGCUGAUCCGGGCCGUCUCAGCGAAUGCCCUGGCGGCGUGCGAAUUCCUGCUGCAGAACGGCGCCGACGUCAACCAGGCAGACAGAAACGGAAGAGGGCCGCUUCAUCACGCCACCAUACUGGGUCACACGGGGCUGGUGUGCCUCUUCCUGAAACGGGGCGCGGACUACAACGCCAGGGACAAAAACCACAAGGACCCCAUAACAAUCGCCGUGGACAACGCCAACGCCGACAUCGUCACUUUACUGCGGAUCGCCAAGAUGAACAGAGAAAUGCAGGAGAUGGACGGAUGCCUGGGAAAAUCAGGUGACGAAACCUACCAGCACAUCUUCAGAGACUUCUCGCAAAUGGCUUCCAACAACCCGGAGAAGCUCAACCGUCGUAGCGCAGACGGCAAAUUCUAAUAAUAAUAAUCAUAAAAGCUUUAUGAAAUGUAAAACAUGCUACCCUCUGCCAAAUUCUGUCACCACAUGGAUAUAUCUAAGAAUAAAUCAGUUGAAAAUAUGUGGAAAAUCCCAUGGCUUUGAUCGAAACGUUGAGAGCUAUGUCAAAUAAAGUUUAUUUUUAUUAUUUUAAA